UACUCAUGGUGCCUCCUCCACAUGAACAGCCUGCAAGGAGGGAAUUAUUCUCCGACCGUUGCCUCGGUUGAUCGAUCUGCCUGAUUGUAUUCGACUCCGUUGGCCCUAUUGCGAUCAUCCUAUAUAUCGUGCUGCUCCCCAUCUCUCUGCGUCGGAUUCAGAACCAAUAUCCUCUCUUGCAUAUCAAUUAUUGCCCACUACCACUAUUACUACUCCCCUUGAUAAACAUCAGCCGAUCUAAAAUUAUCCCCAGAUCUACAAAGCCCAACCAUGCCCCUCCCCCCUUCCAUCUCCACCCGCUCCAUCGCCACCUCCACUCUCAACUUCCACAUCCUCGAAGCCGGUUUCACCCCGUCGCGCGAUCGCCCCCUUCUGCUGCUGCUGCACGGAUUCCCCGAGCUGGCCUACUCCUGGCGCAAGGUGAUCCCCCCACUGGCCGACGCCGGGUACUAUGUGGUCGCGCCGGAUCAGCGCGGGUUCGGGCGCACCGUCGGCUGGGACACGCGCGGGUUCGACGCCGUCGACCUGAGCAGCUUCUCGCUGACCACAUUCGUGCGGGACAUGCUGGUGCUCGUGCACGCGCUGGGGUAUCGAUCCGUGCGCUGCAUCGUCGGCCAUGACUGCGGCGCCGUGACGGCCGCCAUGUGUGCGCUCGCGCGGCCCGACUUCUUCCACAGCCUCGUGCUGCUCAGUCAUCCGUUCAACGGGUCGCCGGGGCUGCCGUUCAACACGGCCAACGAUGAUGAUGGUGAUGGAAGCGCGACAACGGCAGCCAGCGGCGGCGCCGAGUCCGCGGCCGGCGACCACGUCCACGCCGAGCUGGCUGCGUUGGGCAGGAAACACUAUAAGUGGUAUUAUUCGACGGCGCCGGCCAACGGGGACAUGACGGCGCCCGCGGAGGGUCUGCACGCGUUCCUGCGAGGCUACUUCCAUCUGAAGAGCGGAUCGUGGGCGGGAAACCAGACCUAUCCGUUAUCCGGGUGGACGGCGUCCGAUCUGGCGCAGCUGCCGUAUUACUAUGUCAUGCCGCUGGACGACACGAUGCCGCAGGCCGUGGCACGGCAUAUGGGCGAGGAAACCGAGGCCGGGGAGCGCGCCUCGCAUGCCUGGCUGCCCGACGAGGAUCUCGCCGUGUAUGUGGCCGAGUACGGCCGGACGGGCUUCCAGGGCGGGUUGAACUGGUAUCGGGUGCGCACGGCGGCCGGAGGGAAGUAUACUAAGGAUUUCGAGAUGUUUGCCGGCAAGAAGAUUGAGGUGCCGUGUGCGUUUGUGUCCGGUAAGUCGGACUGGGGCAUCUACCAGGAGCCUGGCGCGCUGGAGAAGAUGGCCAAUGGCACGGUGUGCAGUGAUUUCCGGGCGAUGAAGUUGGUCGAUGGCGUUGGUCAUUGGGCACCACAGGAAUGCCCCGAUGAGGUGGUCCAGGUCGUUCUGGACUUGGUGCGAAGUCUGUAGAUGCUGCCAUAUCCGAAUGGGUUCAAGCUGCCGGUCGGUUUUCCUGCUAUAUAUAUUAGAUUGAAUGAGAUAUGAGAUGUACGUAGCCAGUCAUGAUUAUCAUGAACCAGACUCAUUUUACCCCUACCUACGCGAGAACAAAGCAUCGACUUGGCAGA